GGCGAGAGUUUUAGAGAGAGAGAGGGGAGUUUGUAAGAGCGCAGCUGUGUGAGGGUUGUCUGUCUGUCUCUCUGUGCGCUCACUCACAGAGAGCCCAGACCGGCCCUGUCCGACCGGACGGCUGAUCCGAGACGGUCACGUCACCAUCAGUCGGAGGAGCUGCUUGGCCCCUCGUGUGACCUGUCGCUCGUUUGCUGAGCGAGACAAAAACGAGGCCAGCUCCAGCGGCUGCCACGGCACCACCAGGCGAAGCGUCGUGAAUCUGCCGACCGACGGUGAUAGCUUCUUCGCCGGCUCAAGACAACCUGCUUGGAUUACGUCCGCAUUUGUCAUCGUCCGUGGUGCUUACUGCCCGCUCCAGUUAACCAAAGUGCCACUCUACGCUCCUUUUCCCGGUUUAACGACUUGGCGCCCACUGAGCAACAAGAAGAGGAUUAUACAAAUCUAAUCUUCCAGGUUGCCAUCGCAAGCAGCCUUCGCCAAUCUUCCACACGACGACGAGCCGGCCCUUCGGUGUUUUUUCCUGGAGCCCUGCGGAUGCAAAGUCAACAUUUUUUUUACUUUUCCAUUCCAGCUUUUCGGUUAAUGUCGAUAUUAUUAUUAUAAUAAAAUUUUUUUUGUGGAAAUUCGAAUCCCUUCGUACGUACGAAACAAAAUUAACACCCUCCGCGGAGGAGGUGGAGAAAUGGCCCUCAAGAGCGAGGAUGCGGGGACGAGCUACGCGAAGAUGGUCUCGGAUGAAAAUCUCUUCACGGGUUUUCUCGAGGAAGCCCUGGCCCCAAAGCAGCCCUCUGCGCGCAGGGCCACCAUGCCGUCGGAGCGGCUCACCUCACCCACGGACGUGGAGGACGACGACCCCGUCCGGGAGGGCGCGUCCGCCAGCGGCUUCGACGAGAGGGCCUCGGGGAAGACGCUCGGAGCGCCGUCCCCUCUGCGGUACUCCAGGCACUUCCUGUCCGACAACAGCAUUUUUCACGUGGAGAAGUCUCUGACGGCGAUGCAGUCGGGGACGCAGAUGAUCAAGCUCAAAGGGGGCCCGAAGGGCCUUCCCCGCCUCUAUUACCUGGACGAGCAGCGCAGCUGCAUCCGCUGGAGGCCCUCGAGGAAACAGGAGAAAGCAAAAAUCGCCAUCGACUCCGUGCGGGAGGUGUGCGAGGGCCGCAACUCGGAGAUCUUCCAGCGCUACCCGGAGGGCUCCUUCGACCCGGCGUGCUGCCUCUGCAUCUACCACGGCUCGCACACCGAGUGGCUGGCCGUGGUGACGGGCAGCCCUGACGAGGCUCGCAGCUGGCUCACGGGCCUGCGCUACCUCAUGGCCGGCAUCAACGACGAGGACUGCCUGGCCAAGCGGCAGCGAACGCGCGACCAGUGGCUGAAGCAGACCUUCAUGGAGGCCGACAAGAAUGGCGAUGGAUCUCUGAGCAUCGACGAAGUCCUGCUUCUCAUGCACAAGCUCAACGUUAACCUUCCCCGCAGGAAGGUUAAGCAAAUGUUCCAGGAGGCCGACACAGACACCGACAAGGGAACGCUGACCUUUGAGGAGUUCUGCGCCCUUUACCAGAAGAUGUCCACCCGCCGUGACCUCUACCUGAUCCUGCUGCGCUACAGCAACCGCAAGGACCACCUGACGGUCGAUGAGCUUCAGCGGUUCCUGCAGAUAGAGCAACAGAUGACGGACGUGAGCAGGGAGCACUGCGUGGACGUCGUCAACAUGUUCGAGCCAUGCGAGGAGAACAAGCAGCAAGGCCUUCUGGGAAUUGACGGUUUCACAAACUACAUGCGCAGUCCGGAGGGUGACAUUUUCAACAUGGAGCACUACAAGCUGAACCAGGACAUGAAGCAGCCGCUGUCUCACUACUUCAUCGCUUCGUCCCACAACACGUACCUGACCGGCGACCAGCUCAUGUCGCACUCCCGGGCCGACAUGUACGCCUGGGUGCUGCAGGCCGGCUGCCGCUGUGUGGAAGUGGACUGUUGGGACGGACCGGAUGGAGAACCCAUUGUCUACCAUGGCCACACGCUCACGUCAAAGAUCCUCUUCCGCGAUGUCAUCGAGAUCAUCAACAAGUAUGCCUUCGUCAAGUCACAGUUCCCGGUGAUCCUGUCCAUAGAGAACCACUGCAGCGUGCCGCAGCAGAAGAAGAUGGCCGAGUGCAUGCGCGAGAUCCUGGCCGACAAGCUCGACCUGUCGCGCGUGGCGGACGGUGACCCCAGCCGGCUGCCUUCUCCACAGAGCCUCAUGGGGAAAAUCCUCGUCAAGGGCAAGAAGCUGCCGGCGAACAUCAGCGACGACGCGGAGGAGGGAGACGUCUCGGACGAGGACAGCGCUGACGAGAUCGAGGAGGCGUGCAAGCUCAUCAACGGAGACAACAGCAGCCCCCACCGCAAGCUGGUGGAGUCGUUCGCCAAGAGGCGCCUCGAGUUCAUGAAGAAGGAGUCCAAGCUGAGGAGCCACGAGGAGGAGGUUGAGGAAUUCACCAUCGGAGCCCUGCCCCGUGCCACCAAGCCCGCCAUCUGCCUCCAGCAAGAGCAGCUGCCGAAGUCGGAGGGAACAGAGGUAACGGAGGAGUUUGCCGUGAGAAAGAGACGCUCCAUCAUCCGAGCAUUUCAAAAGGAAAAGAAACGGAACGUGAAGCCAAAGGUUGCGGCAGACGAGGCCGAGCAAGAGAAUGGCACUCAGUCGGACUGCGCCCGACUCAAUGGGCAGGAGAGCCGGAGCAGCUGCUCGCACCGCGCCUCCCCUCGCCGCGGUCCGGGCAAAACCAUGAAGCUGUCGCGAGCACUGUCCGACCUGGUGCAGUACACGCGCUCUGUCGCCGUGCACGACGUCGAUCACGACGCGGUGGCAAGCAGCUGGCAAGUGUCGUCCUUCAGUGAGAACAAGGCGAGCCAAAUGCUACAGCAGAAAUCGCAGGCGUUCCUUGCCUUCAACCAGCGGCAACUCUCACGCAUCUACCCUUCCUCCUACCGCGUCGACUCCAGCAACUUCAACCCGCAGCCCUACUGGAACGUGGGCUGCCAGAUGGUGGCUCUGAACUAUCAGACAAGUGGACGGGUCAUGGAGAUGAACAGGGCUCGUUUCAUGGACAAUGGCAACUGCGGAUACGUCCUCAAGCCCGACUGCAUUUUCGAUGGAACCUUCCGCCCGUUCUCAGAAGACCCCUUGCCAGGCUACCCCAAGACCCAGCUCAUCGUGAAGGUGAUCAGUGGGCAGCAACUCCCAAAACCCCCAGACUCCAUGCUCGGCGACAGAGGAGAGAUCAUUGACCCCUUUGUGGAGGUGGAGAUCAUUGGGCUGCCGGUUGACUGCUGCAAGGAACAGACUCGAGUCAUCGACGACAACGGCUUCAACCCCGUGUGGGACGAGACUCUGGUGUUCACGCUGCACAUGCCGGAGAUGGCGCUGAUCCGAUUCCUCGUGUGGGACCACGACCCCAUCGGCCGAGACUUCAUCGGGCAGCGCACCAUCUCCUUCAACGGCAUGAUGCCCGGUUAUCGCCACGUGUACCUGGAGGGAGUAGCGGAGGCUUCGGUCUUUGUGCACGUGGUCAUCAAGGAGUUCUCUGGAAAGAUCAAACAGGUCGGCGGUCUCAAGAGCCUCUUUUCGAGAAGCGUCAAGCACGGCUCGCUGGACAGCCGCACGUCCUACUUCUCUCGGCGGCGCUCGCUCGGCAAGGACUUCCUCCGGCGCACGUCCAGCGUCCCCGCCAAGGGCCGCAGGAAGAACAAGUCCAUGUCGCUGCUGGUUACCAUGGAGAAGGAGGGCGAGGUCGCGGAGCAGCCGGCGUGCGGCUCGGCCGCCGCCGCCGGCGCCGUCGUCGGGAACCCCGGCGAGGCUCUCGCGGCCGACGGGAUGACGGCGACCGCGGCGCCGGUGACCUCGGCUCCGUCGCGGCGUGACGUCGCCGCGGAAGAAGAGGAGGAAGACGACGGCGGCGGCGACCGCGACGCGAGCUCCCGCGGGGCGCGGGCGGACGGCGAGGGCUGCCGCGAGGGAGGUGGAAUUGGUUCUGCAUGCCCGCACUCUGCUCCAGACAACCAUGCACACUCCAGCGACCUUCGCUCGAGCACUCCCCCACAUCCUCUUCUUCUCCACAUGAUCAACCGUGCGUCUCUGAAGAGGGCUUCUUCUCAAAAAUCUCAGAGCAGUGACCCUCCGUCGCCGACCUGCGGGGCCAACCCCGAUGCGAGCCCGGCGGCAGGCGGCCCCACAUCCCGGCCCGACGCACGACAUUACGCGAGCCACCCACUGCUCAGCCACCACGCUUCCAUCGAGUCCCAGGACAGAGAUCUGUCGGCGGCUUCGGACAGCGCCGAUUCCAUCAACGGCUUCGACGGGGACAUCAACACGAGUUCAGAGUCGUCUUCCGACGAGACACUGGCGAAUCGCGCCGAGCCAAUCCCGGGCUCGCAAAACCACGGUCUCGUUACCGGAGAGGUGACACGGAGAGCGGGACACUGUCCAGAUCCCUUAGACAAGAGCAUGAAAAGAAGCUCCAUUGAGUCGUCGCCAAUGUUUUCGGUGAACGUCACUGCCAAUGACAAGCUGUGGAGACCGCUGGACGGCAAGAGCGUGCGCGACAGCGUGGCAUCCGCGUCGAGCGUCUCAUCGGCCGACACGGUCAUUGACGCCUUUUCGUAUGAAGGCCGCUCGUCAAUUGCAAUGCUGAAGAAGAAGCACCUGGAAAAUGUGUUCCUCAGAGGGGACACGGUGGGCCCAGAUCCCCGUUGUGUUCCCUGUGAAUUGUCCGGAGCAAAUGAGUUGGUGUCUCCCCCAGCGUCGUCUCGCCUGAACGAGCAAAUGGCAGUGGACAGUAGAGUGGGUGAGGGUGGGAAAAACGACGUAGCCAUUGGAAAUCAAACAAAACUGGAAGCUGCUCGAUCGGACUUCACUGCAAAGCUAAUUCCGGAUGCAAAUGGCAUGUCUAAUAAUCAAAAUAACAACCACAUAAAUGUGAGAAAUGAGGACAAUUCAUCAUCAGCUCUUGGCUCUAAUGAAGGAAAGGUGCCUUUCGGUGUUGUCCAGCUUCGAGAGAAGAAGUCCACAAUGCCUGAUUCACAAGGCCAAAUAGAAAGCAACGUGCCACACUUUCGUUUUCCAUCAGAAAAGCCAAAUAAUGAUUUGGAGAGGCCGUACGAUAACAGGCAAUCGCUUUCAAGCUUUGAGAGGGUAGCAAUGUUGAAAAGGGAGUUCAUGGGCAUCUUGGGACACCAGUGGAACGACGAAGUAGAUUCGGGAAAUAGAACGAAUGAUGAAUAUCCUCAAGUUACACCUGCUAUGGAAACUUGCUCCGCAUUGCCAAGUGGAAAUGAACCUUUUAAAAGGUCCAUGUCUUAUGAUGUCGCAUACUUCAGCCCGGACUCGGCUGCGGUGAUGCGUAAAGACAAACUUAACGGACCACCAUUCAGCGCAACAACCGUCUUCGGGGGAGCAGAAGAGAUUCCACCAUCCACCAAUGGCGAGACGUCUGGGCCGGAUCCCUGCGACGGAACGCGAGUGCGGGAGAUGAGCGCGGACGGCGAUACGAUCGGCGAGGAUCAGGAGCCGUCGCCCAACAGCGGCGUGCUGCUCAGGACGCUGUCGCUCGACCCGGCCACGUCGAUGAGCGCAGGCAAGAGGGCGGCCGCCGGCGCCCACGAACGCCGCGCGCGCUGCGACACGGUGGCGGCCGCUCGCCCGUCGUGGAACAGGCUGUACAUGCAGACGCUCGUGCAGUCGAGCAAGGCGGCGGCCGAGGUGAACUGCCCCACGGGGCGACAGGCCGCAGCCAAGUCCAAGAGCUUGGGGGACCUGACAUCGGACGACAUCGUGAGCAACUUCCAGAGCAAGUACAAGAGCAUCUGCCGCAGCUUUAUCACAAAGUCGAUGCGCGAGCAGCGCAGGAUGGUGGCACUCGGGCGCCUUCCGAACCAACCACAGAACCCGCUGACCGAGCAGAUUAUUCAGCUCGCGACGCUGACUCAGGACGAGGUGCCCGAGUACACGUCGUCGCCCCCCCAACGUGCGCCUGAAGGCUCGACCUCUCCCAGGUUGAGGUCGCCCGGGACGCAGAACCUCAGCCCCACCAGCCAUGCGAGAGAGGUCCUUCUCGUACGGUCCCGCGUUCUCUGGCUCCCGGUCGAGGAGCAUCAGCGACGGCAGCUCCCUCCACCGCAGAACGACCAUGCCGGUGAAUCUCUUGAGAAGCGUCUCCACGGAGCAGCAGGGCGCUUCGGGCCCACAGAGGAGGCUGCCGAGCGGACAGCCGCCGAGCAGCGCGCUCAAGCGGAGUCAGUUUGCGCAGAGGUAUCCCGCGUCGAGCUACGGCUUGUUCAGGCACUCGGUGGGCUCGUUGGAUGGCAUCAAUGUCAACCCGCUGCUGACGGAGCGGCGGGAGGCACCGGACGGAGCCUGCUCGACACUCACCAAGGCCCGCUUCAUGGAGGAGCCCUCGGUGGUCGGGAAGGCGCCGUCCUACUCCGAGCCGAACCUCAGCGAGGAACCAGAGGUCUUCUUCAUGCUCAACCUGUAGCGCGGCCGUGCGGUCGGGAGUGUGCAUGCGGUUGUGGCGGCACGUGAAAUGAAUGCAUCACGCGCAUGAAAAUUCGCGGCGAGUCGCGGGUGUCCUAGUUUAGGCUGAGACUAGAAUUGGAUUUUUUUUUUAGUGCAGAUGAAUUGCAAAAAAAAGGGGUGGCAUUGUAAUGUUUUUUUUUUUACUAAUAUAAAGUAGUCAUUGGUAGAGUAUGCAUAUAAAUCGUACAUUUGUAUAGUGUAUUUGCAGUUUGUUUUAAAUACAAAAUCCCGACAUUGAUCAUCGUUAUCUACUGGAACCUGUUUAAUAGCAUGCUAUUUAAGCAGAUAUAACUUUAGAGUUAAAUUAAUCCCACACAGUUAAAAACAUAGUAUUUUUAGUAUAAUUCGGGACUGAUGCUACAUUAUCUUCACUUCCUAUAAAUGUGUACAUUCAGGGCUGGACCAUCUCUUUAUAUAAAUUGUAAUAUAUGCUGAUACCCAAAUGGGCAUUGAGACUAACUCGUAGAGCUAUCCAUCCCGUUUUUAAGUGUCCCCCAAGUAAGUGUAGUCUUUGCCAAGUGCUGUAGUUUUCAGAGUAGCGGAAUGUGUGAUGCGUACGACACAGCAGAGAACACACGUGCCCCAGCAUGUGCGGCGGUACUUCCGAUUGGUUUUCCAAGGCAUUUAAUCGAUAUUAUUACGGACAACGGCGAUUGUUCGCAGACCAGCGCUACCACCUUUCACUGCACGACAGUGCCUUCAUACAGCCAACCAAUCAAUCGCUUACACCCCAAUGCAUAGCUUUCAUUUCUUUAUAUGCAAACACAUGUUGCUGUAUCCCUCAUCUUAAUAUACACACAAGUGUGUGUGCAUAUACGAAAAGUGUAUCUGCAUAUACAUGCAUGCGUGUAUGUAUAUGUGUGUGUACAUAUGGUAGAUUAUAUAUGCAUAUUGUGCUGUAUUGUAUAUACAUUUGUGUAAAAUACGUACAUGCAUACGUAAAAAUUCCAAUAUUUCCGUCGAGUAUUAAUGUAAUAAAAUGUAUAAGAAAGCAAAAUCUACUUGUGAACAAAAACACAUUAAUAUGAGGCCAAUAAGACAGCUCAGAUAAUUUAUUAGAUUUGCGUUCAUUAUUCUUGAGGCAUGUUGAAAGCAUUUUAACAAUCUUUAUUUUAAAAUACAUCCCAUGAAACUAAAACAUAAAAAAACAUUGUGACAUUGCACACAAACAGAAUAUCAUGGCAGAGGAGUUACUGCACCUGAGUAGGUUUACGGCCACUCUGGAGAUGGAGCGAUGAGAUUAGUUUGAGCAGGAGUGAGACCAAUUGGAGCAUCGCAGGAUUGUGGUGGAUGGUGGCAGUGUGAAGAGACCUUCAUCCAGUAGUGGACAGAACAUGGCUAAUCAUAGUAACAGUAACGGUGACUGCAUUCGCUGCUGUUAAAUGUGAUCCUAAAUAUUUAUUAUACGGGCAGUCCCAGAAAUACGACUUAUGAACAUCAGCUCUUACGAACGAACCGCCAUAAGAUGUUAUUAUUUUUAGCCAUCCGGCUAGCAAAUGUUCGUUCGUACUUACGAACCGAACUGCGGAACUAUUUUGUUCGGCGAAGCAAUCCUCCGCAAGAUGUGAUGAGUCCUAGCAUCAUCCUGCAUGAUGUACAAUGACAGUGCUCCCCUUUAUUGUUGAACCAUAACACAUUUUAUGACACUGACCGUAAAUAUCGAGUUUUCGAGAUACGAACAAAUGGACUUACGAACGCAUCUCGGGAACGUAACUCGCCCGUAAGUCGAGGACUGCCUGUAACUGCGUGUGCAGUAAUCAGUGGCGUAGCCAUCGAGUGUGCAGGCGGUGCAACUGCUCCAGCUCCUACCGGCUGGAGGGGCCCAGAGGCAGAUCUACGAAGAGGGGGGACAUUCAAUUCCUUGCACCAGAAACCAUUCCAAUCAUUGCCACUGGCAGUAACGAGUAGAAAUUAAAAAAAAUGCUUAAUAUGUGUUAUACUUCAUCCCGUUUUUACACAAAGGUAGAGGCGAUUGGCACACAUGCUUUUUUCAUCAUUAUUAUUUAUCAGGCCUGACCUUUAGUAAUCAUUUAAAUCAAUUUCCUGGGGAUGACCCUUCUCAUUUGUUCUCAUUUGUUAUCCGUCCUGUAACUCGGUGUGUGUUGCCCAUGAUGUGUACACGUAGAACUGGAUAAAGUCCACGAGAUUACCUGUGCUUAUUCUUGUUAUUACGCUUGUUUACCCAGGAAACCCUCACUCAAUCUCAAGACUCUUUUUCUUUUUUUCGGGAAGGUCCUGCCAAGUUUUUCACAGUGUGGGGCGAUGUUGCUGCUCUCUGUAAGUCCAGUAAGAGUCAUUUGCCGGUAUUUGUUGAUGCGUUUGGAUGUUUUGGCCAUUACCAGUUACCUUGUUGUACUUUUGUGUUUGUUUUACUUUUGGAGAAAACUGGAGAACCCGGAGGAACAUUGGGGAGGACAUACAAACGCCACACAGCAGAGGUCGCAAACGGGUUUUGAUUCCUUACCCGUACCCGUACCCGGCCGCACCAGGGUCGCAAACGGGUACCCGUACCCUACCCGAUACCCGGCUACCCGUACCCGGCCGGGUAUCGGGUAGGGUACGGGUACGGGUACCCGAUUGCGACCUCUGGGAUGAAGCCAUGUUGCAGGCGCGGGUGGGUUGAUUCUAGGAACUUGAAUUGUGAGAAGAGACAAGACGUUGGGAAAUGAGUGACAAACGGUGACUCACCAGUGACUCACGGCCUACCCUUAUCCGUACCCGGCCGCACCAGGGUCGCAAACGGGUACCCGUACCCGGCCGGGCAGGUAGCCGGGUGUCGGGUAGGGUACGGGUAUCGGGUAUGGUACGGGUAUCGGGUACCGAUUGCGACCUCUGCCACACAGAAAGGCACCCGAGUUGGGAAUCAAACCCAGGGCCUUGUUGCUGCGAUGUGCAAGUGUUGCCACUGCGCCCCCCUGCCGCCCACUUAAGACACUUUCAGGGUCCCUCAGCUUUGUGUCUUAGAUGUCUGCCCUGCUACCCCUACCUCCCCGUGUACCCCAACAACAGGACUGAUGGCAGUGAUUGGUUUAACGGAGUCACGUACAUCGAAAACACAGAGCGAAAGAAGAAACAUUUAAAAGUGUAUCGCUUAAGCAUAUCUAAACACUCGGAAUUAUGAUGAUGCAUUACAAUCCAGUGUUUUUGUGAUGAGAGAAAUCUGGAUAUAGAAUACUUCAACGGUACUGUGAACUAAUCAUCAACGAUGCUCAUCGAGUAACACUGAGCAAUGUGCAGCGUGCAUUAGAGACCUUUGUACAUAAGAGCUGUCUAGGCACGUUGUUCAAGUGGGUGUGAGGUUUUGGGACCGGUGUUCGACAUUUCUCCAAUCUAAUAUUGCAACAUUAUACAUUCUAGCAGGAACGUCGUCCCAUAGACAUUGCGAUGGUCCUGGCAUUUGGUGAGCACCACAUUAAGAAGUCAAUUCUAGAUUUGAAGCUUUCGUGACUGCAAGGAUUCAUAUUCUUAGGUUUUUUCGGUAAAGUCACGUAGGUAAAAAAAUUACAAUUAAUAAAAGUAAAAUAAAAAUACAGUAAAAUAAAAAUCACGACGUUUCGGAGGCAACACAAGCUUCCGUCUUCAGGUGGAACCGUCACAGCACGAUUAUUUUAUUUUUAUUUUACUUUUAUUAAUUUUAAUUUUUUACCUACGUGACUUUACCGAAAAAACCUAAGAAUAUUAAGAAGUCAAUCCGUUGACGUUUUUUGACAUUGGCCCCAUAAUGUUAAUUUGAACAAAUCAUGACACUUCCACUAACCUACUGAUGGUGUAAUGAUACAAGCAACCUCCUACAGCCACGAGAGGCCGCUAUAGUCACUGCAAUGUUAAUAAAGAGGAUCGAUCCUUCGAUUGAAAUUGCGACCCUGAGCAAGUUGGCACAGGUGGAAUGAAUCACGACGCAGCUAUAGAUGCACCCACCUCUGCUGUAAUAAUACAGGCUGAUCCAUUGGUAGACACUUCACUCAAAUAACGUGUGGGGGAAGAGGGGGUCGGGGAUAGAGACAUUUUAAUUAAAAACCUUGGCAAGUCUCACACCAAUGACAAUACACUUCUUAGACAUUUUAAUACUCCCCAAAAUACUUUGUUCACCAUAGCCAAUGUAAUUAGUAAGAUGGUUGUUAGAAAGCUGAAGAUGUCUGUAAAGGGAUCACCUUGUAUAACAAAACAUGUACAUUCAUUAACACAUCCUUUGAAUGUAACCAUUAGUAUUGCUUUCCUUGAUUAAUUUCACCUUCCUUUGAAAGUAGUUACAGCAUUCGAUACACAUUGUAUACAACCUGUAUUCUGUGAAUAUUAACACAAAUAUGGCAAAAAAGAA